CCCUAAUCUCGCGUGUCAAGGUCAUGGUUACACUACAAAAUUCAAUAAUCAUUAUGUUUCCAAUAUUUCGUUGCCAUAUAAGAUUAUCUUAAAUAGUAGGGUUACACAUCACACCGGAACCCCAUCCGGAGUGAAAUUCGUCAGUUCGGCGACCGCAAUUUCAAGAUUUUCAAGUUCACUCACUUUCCCGUGCCACUUUCUCAAUUUCUCACUUUCGAAAAAAAUUCCAAUACUGUGCUUUGAGAAGAUAAGACAUCCGUGUGAUAAAUUCUUGUGUGAGGUGCUAUAAUUUGUGAACGGUGAAUGAAAUUUGUUUCAUUAUAUUUCGUGUUUCACGGAUUCUAAUUUACGAGUAUGGUGUACACGGAAGGAUAUUUGAAGGAAAAGCUGACCAAGGAAUUGGACGCCGUUCAUGUCGAGGUGACAGAUGAGAGCGACGGCUGCGGCGCCAAGUUCUCUGCCGUGAUCGUGUCCGACAAGUUUCAGGGGAAGCCACUCCUUGCCCGCCAUAGAUUGGUGAAUUCAGUGCUUCAAGAGGAGCUUAAGGACAUCCACGCUUUCACACAGAAAACUAUGACAGUCGAACAGUGGAAGCAAUCCUAAUACUGUAUUUACAUAGAAACAUACCUAUUACAAUGAAGUAAAACA